AUGAGGGGUGAUAUUCCGAAAAAGAAAAAGAUCGCUCAUAAACCACACGUUGGUCAGCGUUCCUAUGAAGUGGAUUUAGGAGACUUCCCCGACAGGGAGGAAGGGUUCUUUGAAGAGGGCGAACUCCCAUUGUCUCCCGUAUUCACUGUUUCUGAUAAUAUGGAUAGCUUCAUGGAGCAGAUGUGCGACGCCCUUCGUGACGGUUCUCUGGGUAUCGAUCUAAACAUUGAUCUUGGACAGGUGAAUAGUGUUGAGCCCACCGUUCCAUAUUCAGGUAUAUCUACAUCCGAUGAUACCCUCCUCAAACAUGGGGAAAGAGAAUCUUCUGUUCUUGCUGCAGAUGUCGCGAUGGAAAAGCCAGCUGAGGAUCAGAUCUUUCAUGAUGUGGGCUUCGAGGAACAGAGGUGUGCCUCUGUACCAGGUUCCUCGGGACCCGACGCUGGAUUAUUAGCCGAUAUGUUGGCUGAGCAGGCCACCAGAAGAACCGUGGGACCACCCUUUGAGAGUGAUUCAUUCACAGCGCCAGUCAUUGGGAUUAACCCAAUAUCGAUUCCCGGCAUAUCUAGCUUACCUCGGAGUGACGGACUUGCAGGACCAGCCACCGGGACUGAUACUCUUAUGACUCCUGGCAUUCCCCGGAUACUUGAGGAUGAUGGACCUACAGGCCCAGCCGUUGUGCCUGAUGCCACUACAGUUUCUGGGACUGAUAGUUUGCCUGAGAGCGGUGUCUUUCCGCCACAGCCGAGAGGUAUGAUCGAUUUGCCUACAGGGGUUGAUAUAUCCUCCAUGACUACUCCUGCAGUUACUUCGGAACCUGUCGGAUCUCAGCCCGAGGGGACCUCCGUUGGCAUUGGAUCUCGAUCAUCUCUAUAUGAGCAUGUUCGCGCCCUCUUGGCCGAUACCGAUCCUGACAGAGACAUUUUCCGUACAGACCUCGGCUUUUUUACCGCCUUUUUUAACGGCAUGAUCGAGAAACUGCUUCAUCGAGGAUAUUGUUUUGAUCAGUUCAGGCGUUCCUUUUCUCGUCACAUGCUGAUGUUUAGGCCGUGA